AUGAGUUUUAUCUCUGAAACAAUGCAUGCUGGGAAGGCAUGUUUCUUUAGAAUCUGAUUUUAAUGAGAUGAUGAACUCAAAGUACGUUCAUUCAACUCAUCAAUUCAAGUCAUAAACUCAUGUUUAUCGACAAAGAUAAAUUCAUGUAUGAUGUUUUACAGUACAGUUGUUCCAAUACUUGUACAAUGCAUUUUUUCUUUCAUUCUAUAUCUGACUUUAUAUCAAAUUUUUGCCUCAAUUUAGCAAAGAAUAAUCACAAAGACAGCUACAGCCCUGCAUGCUCGUUUAGGAUCAUCUGCAUGUCUUGUAUUUUUUAAAACAUGAUAAUAUCCCAUGCAAGAAGCGUACACUGCGGUGUGUCUGGUGUCGUCAUCACGCAGCCGAGUAGGUGGGGGUUGACGUAUACACCAGCCCCCCCUCCCUUCCCUCACUCGGUUCUUCUCGCGGAUGCUGCGACCAAGCUCCUGUGUGCGCGGGCUCUCACAGUGGCUCAACCCCUCCUCCUCCUCCUCCUCCUCCAAAGAUGUCGCAUGAGCAUCUCCUCUCACCGCGGCGUCUCUUUUCUUUUUUUCUUUUCUUUUUCUCCCAGUGCCCUUAACAGUUAACCUAAUUCUGUCAAAUUAGCAGCUGUCACCGCCAGGAGCAGCUAGCCCUUGUCUCGGCGCACGGACUGCCCCCCUCCCAACAACGGAGGUGUUUAAACCCUCAACCCGGCGCAUUCUCUCUCUCUCUCUCUCUCUCUCUCUCUCUCUCUCUCUCUCUCUCUCUCUCUCUCUCUCUCUCUCUCUCUCUCUCUCUCUCUCUGUGUCUCUCUCUCUGUCUCUCUCUCUCUCAAUCGCCGCAGAACUCCGCCGACCAACCGUCAAGUGACCGCGCGGAGCGGAAUAUUCAUCAGCACCGUCGUCGUCUUUCAUCCCUCCACUCCUUCGGACUCCAGACAACCGGAGCUGCUGCAGCCCGGUUCCCCCUGUAUGCGCUCAUCCGGUUUGGGACAAUCUCUGCUCUACGCAAACGCAGAUUAACGGGGAUUCUGCCUCCCCGCUCGCGCGCUGAUGCUGAUGUCCUUGAGCUCGGCCUGCACUGUGAGUCGGUCCUGGUGGUGCAGCAGUAGCUACCUCUGAACUGGAUCCAUUUCCUGUCUCUGAUUUAUCAGCCGCCUUUGCCUUGCUCGCCCCUCUCUCCAUCCGUCCAUCAUCCCUCCGUCCCUGUCUGCAAGUCUAUCAGCCCGUCCGUCUGUCUGUCCAUGGACUGGCCGUGACCCUGGAGGGAGGGGGACAGAAAAGAGGAAAGAGCGGAGUCGCAGAGGAGACGAAGGAAAAGAAAGCUGGAUUCAUUCAGACAUCACGCUUCUAUCCUUGAUCCCCCUCACCCUCCUCCUCCUGCUAUGGAGAAUUAAAGGAGCAGUGGGAGGCUAGGCCAAGAUAGUGAGGAGAAAUAAACAAAAACAACCCUAACCCCCCAUUGCCCUUAAAUAAAAUAAAAAAGGGUUUACGUGUAUUGUUACAAUUACACAUUUUUAAGUAAGAAAUCAAGACGAACCAAGAUUUUGACUGUUGAUCACAUGAACAACCCUCCACCAACCAAACGAAAGGGGAACUGAGUUGUGGACAGACUACAGAAAGAAAGGAGAGAGAAAAACCUUACUGACAUGUCAACAACUGCCACUAUGGGUGAAAUGGCAAACAGCGCGGUGGAGUUUUAUCCCAAAGGGACGCGAGGUGCAGGCUCAGGAGGAAAGGCAGACGGCAGCCAAGCAGGGGGAGAUUUUGGGGCCACGGUGAUGGAGCUCACAGAGCUGAUGGAGCUCCGAGGGACCGAUGCCCUGCAGAAGAUCCAGGAAAACUACGGAGACACAGAGGGGCUCUGCCAGAGACUACAGUCCAGCACCACGGAAGGUCUUAGCGGGGACCCGGCAGACCUGGAGCGUCGGUACCAAGCGUUCGGCCAAAACUUCAUCCCCCCAAAAAAGGCCAAGACUUUCCUGGAGCUCGUGUGGGAGGCCUUACAGGACGUCACACUCAUCAUCUUGGAGGCUGCUGCCAUCAUCUCCCUCGGCCUCUCUUUCUACCAGCCUCCCGGAAAGGAUACCGAAUCAUGUGGGAAUUUGACGGGGUCCGCAGAGGAUGAAGGCGAGGGUGACACCGGCUGGAUCGAGGGCGCGGCCAUCCUUCUGUCUGUUGUGUGUGUCGUCCUGGUGACGGCGUUUAAUGACUGGUCCAAAGAGAAGCAGUUUCGGGGUCUACAGAGUCGGAUCGAACAAGAACAGAGGUUCACUGUUGUACGUAAAGGAAAUGUCAUCCAGAUACCGGUGGCUGACAUGGUAGUGGGGGACAUGGCCCAGGUCAAAUAUGGGGACCUGCUGCCGGCUGAUGGUAUCUUGGUCCAAGGCAAUGAUCUACAGCUAGACGAGAGCUCUCUUACAGGAGAGUCUGACCAUGUGCGCAAGUCUGUGGACAAGGACCCAAUGCUGCUCUCAGGUACCCAUGUGAUGGAGGGCUCGGGCAGGAUGCUGGUGACAGCUGUAGGCGUGAACUCGCAGACGGGCAUCAUCUUCACUCUGCUGGGGGCUGGAGAGCUGGAGGAAGAAGCGAAGGAUAAGAAAGGAAAACAACCUGAUGGAGCUGUGGAGAACAAUCAGAACAAAGCCAAGAAGCAGGAUGGGGGUGUUGCCAUGGAGAUGCAACCCCUGAAAAGUGCAGAGGGAGGGGAGGUAGAGGACAGAGAGAAGAAGAAGACCAGCGUCCCAAAGAAAGAGAAGAGUGUGUUGCAGGGAAAGCUCACCAAACUUGCUGUUCAAAUUGGCAAAGCAGGUUUGGUGAUGUCAGCCAUCACCGUCAUCAUUCUGGUGCUGUACUUUGUCAUCAACACGUUUGUCGUUGAAGGUCAAUCGUGGUUGGCAGAGUGUACUCCAGUCUACAUCCAGUACUUUGUCAAGUUCUUCAUCAUUGGAGUCACUGUGCUGGUAGUGGCUGUCCCAGAAGGCUUACCACUGGCUGUGACCAUCUCACUGGCUUAUUCUGUCAAGAAAAUGAUGAAGGACAACAACCUCGUACGGCACCUGGAUGCGUGCGAGACCAUGGGCAACGCCACGGCCAUCUGCUCCGACAAGACCGGCACCCUCACCACCAACCGCAUGACUGUGGUGCAGUCUCACAUAGGUGACGUGCACCACCGUGUGGUCCCGGACCCUGGACAGAUCAACCCCCGGACACUGGAUCUAUUAGUCCACGCUAUUGCUAUCAACAGCGCCUACACCUCCAAGAUCUUACCUCCUGAUGUGGAAGGGGGUCUGGCUAAGCAGGUGGGCAACAAGACAGAGUGUGGCCUGCUGGGAUUUGUAUUGGACCUACAGCAGGACUACGCCCCUGUCAGAGAGCAGAUGCCUGAGGAGAGACUGUACAAGGUGUAUACCUUCAACUCAGUGCGUAAAUCCAUGUGUACAGUGAUCAAGAUGCCUGACGGUUCCUUCCGCCUCUACAGCAAAGGAGCCUCUGAGAUCAUGCUGAAGAAGUGUUCCUCUAUCCUUGAGGCCAAUGGAGAACCGCGCACUUUCCGCCCACGUGACAGAGAUGAGAUGGUCAAACAGGUGAUCGAGCCGAUGGCAUGUGAGGGGUUGAGGACCAUCUGCAUUGCAUACCGUGACCUGCCGUCUAUUCCGGAGCCAGACUGGGAAAACGAAGCGGACAUAGUGACAGACUUGACCUGCAUCACUGUGGUUGGCAUAGAGGACCCUGUGCGGCCUGAGGUGCCCGAGGCCAUUCGCAAGUGUCAGCGUGCAGGCAUCACAGUGCGGAUGGUGACUGGUGAUAACAUUAACACCGCGAGGGCCAUUGCUGUUAAAUGUGGCAUCAUCCACCCCGGGGACGACUUCAUCUGUAUAGAUGGAAAAGAAUUCAACCGACGAAUCAGGAACGAGAAAGGAGAGAUUGAACAGGAACGCAUUGACAAAAUCUGGCCCAAACUUCGUGUGUUGGCUCGAUCCUCGCCAACCGACAAACACACACUGGUUAAAGGCAUCAUCGACAGCACGGUCUUAGAACAGAGGCAGGUUGUCGCAGUAACAGGAGAUGGAACCAAUGACGGUCCAGCUUUGAAGAAGGCUGAUGUGGGCUUUGCCAUGGGUAUCGCGGGGACAGACGUGGCUAAAGAAGCGUCUGACAUCAUCCUGACGGAUGACAAUUUCAGCAGCAUUGUCAAGGCAGUGAUGUGGGGGCGAAAUGUCUACGAUAGCAUCUCCAAGUUCCUGCAGUUCCAGCUCACGGUCAACGUAGUGGCUGUCAUCGUGGCCUUCACCGGGGCCUGCAUCACUCAGGACUCUCCUCUGAAGGCGGUGCAGAUGCUGUGGGUGAAUCUCAUCAUGGACACGUUUGCUUCUCUGGCCCUGGCCACCGAGCCCCCCACUGAGGAUCUGUUGCUACGGAAACCCUAUGGUCGGAACAACCCGCUCAUCUCACUGACCAUGAUGAAGAACAUUCUGGGACAUGGAGUGUACCAGCUGAUCAUCAUCUUCACCCUACUGUUCAUAGGUGAGCACAUCUUUAACAUCGACAGCGGCCGCAACGCUCCGCUCCACUCCCCUCCCUCUGAACACUACACCAUCAUCUUCAACACCUUCGUCCUCAUGCAACUUUUCAACGAGAUCAACGCUCGGAAGAUCCACGGAGAGAGAAAUGUCUUUGAUGGUAUAUUUGCCAACCCCAUCUUCUGCACCAUCGUUGUGGGGACCUUCGCUGUGCAGAUCGUGAUUGUGCAGUGGGGAGGGAAGCCCUUCAGCUGCGCUCCUCUCAACAUGGAGCAGUGGCUCUGGUGUCUGUUCGUGGGAGUUGGAGAGCUCCUCUGGGGGCAGGUGAUUGCCACAGUGCCAACGGAGCGGCUGCCAUGUCUGAAGGAGGCAGGGCUGGGCCUGGAGCCCAGCGAAGAUGAAGGGGAGGAUAUGGCAGACGAUGAGGAGGAGAUCGACUGUGCUGAGAGAGAGCUGCGCCGCGGACAAAUCCUCUGGUUCAGAGGUCUCAACCGCAUCCAGACCCAGAUGGAGGUAGUGAGCACGUUCAAGCGAAGCGGUUCGUUUCAGGGAGCGGUGAGACGGCGUUCCUCUGUGCUCAGUCAGCUGCACGACGUAAACACUAUCUCUACCCCCUCUCACGUAGCUCUCUCCACCGCAACAGCCAAUACCAGCCCAGCCCCCGGGAAUGCGAGUGGUGAAAGCAUUCCGUAGUUCGCUUUACGAGGGCCGGGAGAAACCGGAAUCCCGCAACUCCAUCCACAACUUCAUGGCCCACCCAGAGUUCCUCAUCAACGACCUCAUCCACAACAUCCCACUGAUCGACGACACUGAUGUGGACGACGAAUCAGAGCUCAGCAGAUACCAGCACCUGCACCCGGCCCUCCGCAAGCCGCCGCCCCCUCCCACCCAGCCCCCAGCCCGCACCCACCCCACCCGCCCCUACCGUCAGUACAGCCUCCCGGUGACCCCGUGCAACAGAAACAACAACAACAACAGCAGCAGCAGCAGCAGCAGCAGCAGUUCAACAGUCACCCACAGCAACAAAAGCACCACCACAGUUUCCCCCAGCAACCGGAGCCCCCGUUACCACCACCAACACCAACACCACCAUAUCCAUCACGGCAGGGACAGGCCGGGGAAACCCUCCGCCCCUCACCUGGCCCAUCUCUACUGUGUGGAGACCUCCUUAUAACUGAGCUGAGCGUGGGUCAGGGGAGGGGAGAAGGGAAAGGACGUUUUGGGGAGGAAAGGGGGGCGCAAGAGGCGGGACUGAGGACUCACACAUGACAUUUUCAUCCACUCUCCCUUACAACAUGCAAACCGGAGGGAGUGAAGGAUGGGGGAGGACCCGGAGGGAGGGAGUGGACAAUGGUUGGAGACUUCUGCUCGCAACUCCCUGAGAACAUUGCGACUUUCCCUCCUUUUGCCCUUGCCCCCGACCCCCUCCAUCCUCGAACCCACCGCCAUGUUCGUCGCCCCCCCCUGAAGAUCCCGCCCACUCCACCCUACCAGAAUGCACGCACACUCAUCACACACACGCACAGGGCUGCUCUAGCUGCGUUGUCCUGCUGAGUAACGGUGGGUCGGAGAGGGAGGAAGACGGACAUCCCAAAAAAACAACACAUCCUUCAACGCUUCAGCAGAACAGGGCCAUGUCAGGUCCAGAGGCUGACCCUCUCUGUUCUAUUGGUGUUCAUCAUACUCACCUACCUACCUGCCAUGGCACCAUAGUCACCACCACCCCUGUCAUGUAUCUGGCUACAGUCACUUACUUUCAAUCCAAGUAUUUUCUUUUCUUUCAUUCCUCUUUAUCUUUCAGUGUGUGUCUGUGUAUUGUCUUGUCUCUUCUGAAAAAACUAAAACAUAACAAAAACAAAUUGCAAACAAAGAUACUGUUCAUUUAAACCUAAUAGUAAAUAGUAUGGCUGCAAAAAACAACAAAAGGAGGGAGGGAAUACAUAUAUAUACAGUAUAUGUAUAUAUAAUUUGAAUGUUUGGGAAGCGACAGCACAGAACUCGUUAUGUUAAUCACUCUCCAGCCCAACAUGCCUAAUCCUUGAAUGCCGCCCCAUAAGUCCACAUGACCUGUUAUCUGUAAUAUUGUCCACCCUGCUGUGAGAUGCUACAGCGUGUAGGAUCUCACAGUAUUGUCAUGUAUACAUGUACACACAGGACUAACUUCAUUUACAGCCUCCUGCCAUGUUGUGAACUGAUGAGUAUGUAUUGGUAAUAUUUAUGGUCCUCUUUCACUUCAUUCUGUUACGUGUCCCAUCAUCUUCUCUCUUGCUGUUCCUCAAGCCAUUUGGUUGUUUUCCUUAGCUCACUUUGUCCCGUCUCAUCCCUCCUGGUAUUUUAUUGGUGGGUGUGUGUACCAGUUUUUUCCUUUUUUGGAAGCAUUAACCCUUUAAAUGCCAUCAAACACACAAUGCACAGGCGAUGGCCCUUUAAGACUAACAUGCACUCACUUCAAAGCUGCUCACGUGCCAUUGGGUCGUCUCCAUCAUGUGCCCUCUCCAUGAGUUUUGUGGACAAAGAGAUUGUUUCAUUUGAUCAGUUGGACGUUCCAUCCAGAAGUUUUUACAAAGAAGGAAAGUAAUCACUGUUUGACGUUGAAUAGGAACCAACUCAUGUCUAAUGUCAGUGUUCAGUUUUAGCUUUAGGCCCAAAGCCCACUUAAUCAGGUACGACCAAUGAGAGCUCAUGUGCCAUGUCCAUGUGUCAAAUACUGUGCAUUCCCCAUCAUCAUGAUAAUCAAUAAGUAGAGUGGGAUACUUUAAAGGAACAGUUUGACAUUUUGGAAAAUACACUUAUUUACUUUAUUGCUGAGAGUUAAGUGAAGAUCAAAACCAUUUUCAUGUCUGUACGGUAAAUAUGCUAAAGCCAGCAGCAGGUUAGCUUAGCAUAAAAACUGGAAACCAGUGGAAACAGCACUAAUUAACACAUUAUAUCUUGUUAAUUUAAUUUGAAAAACACGGUAUCUGCAGUUAUAAUUCAGUUUCCUUAAUAAAUGGGAGGUAUUAAAACCUUAAAAAUAUUUGUAUGUGUCUUUCUGGAGACAUUCUGUUGUAUUAAAGGUGCCGGUAGAAGCAUCUUCUUACCUUCGGACAGAGCCAGGAUAGGCUGUUUCACCCUAUUUCCAGUAGUUAUGCUAAGCUAAGCUAAAUGGCUACUGGCUUCAGCUUCACAUGAAACGGACAGAUAUGAGAGGUUUCCAUCUUCUCGGCAAAAAAAAAGUUAAUAAGCGUAUUUUCCAAAAUGUCCAAAAUAUUGCUUUAAGACUAGUGAUGCACGAUUUCGGAUUUCAGCCGAUAGGCUGAUAUAGAUAUACGCACAUAUUGUUUUCCACCUAACUGCAGAGAACAUCAAGUCUCUCCUGUGAUGGGAUUAUUAUAAUGCCUACUGUUAUCAUGAUGGUCCAGAUGCAGACAUAAAAUACAGUGCUUUUCAUCAUGUACACAUUCACUGGGAAAACUACUUCAACUUAGAUAUCAUGUACAACAAGCCAUAUGUAUUAUUAUGUAACAUAUCGGAAGGAAGUCUUCAUUUCAUUUUAAAGCCUUUAUCUGCCGUGACCGAUGACGUGCCGAUGUUAUCGUGCAUCCCUAAGACAUAUUAUGCUGAAGCUUUCCAAUGUAAAGUGGCAUAACAUGCUGCAUGAGCACAUCCCGACAAAAAGAAAGAAGAAAAAACUAAAUCACAGAAAACAUUUGGAUAGCCACCCCCAGUGGCGACGAGUGCAACACUCGUGACAUCACAUUCCACCGUCACCUUGCCGAAUUCCACCUCGACAUUCCAUGGAACAUACAUUCCAAACAUCACAUUCCAGACUGGGUGUGAGAGAGCCCUCCUGUAUCCCACGUUGCACUAGGUGUGGGUGAACCGCUGACAUUAUGUUGCCAAGGAGUGGGACCACAAUGCACAUCUGGACCCUUCUCUCCCGCUCCCCUGUUGACUUCCCUGAGUUACCAGCUGCUCCCACCACCAGAGAAAGGCGAUGGCAGACAAUAUGCAACAGCCUGCCUAUGUCAACACUCGUACCCAGACGUAGGAGUAGAAAUAAAGUCUCAUACAUGCAAACUCAGCGAGAGAACAUGUCGCAGGGCUCUCUGGGAACACCCUUACCUGUACAGAACCCUGUCUUCUUGAAUGCUCAUCAUCAUCAUCAUCAUCAUCAUCAUCAUCAUCAUCAUCGCCACCACCCUGACCUGACCUGUGGGAGUGGCAUUGUAUUGGUCUGUCUGUUUUGAAGCAUGCAUUUGGUAUCAUUAAUGUCACUCUUUAUGUGUUGGUAAAUCAUUUAGGCUACUGUCACUGUGUGCUAUGAUCUCUCCACAACUGCUCUCUUUCUGUCUCUCUCAUACACACACAAACACACGCACACACACACACACACACACAUCCUGUUCAAGUCCAACCUAUUCUAUUCCAGCGCCUCUUAGCACAGCUCUAUCAAUGCUUUUCCGCUGUAUACAAAAACACACACUCACACACACACACAGCGAACAGGCAGAUAAUCCACAGUGGUGUAAAUUUGACUGUCCAGUUCCAGCCAUCUCUGUCCAUCCGUCCAGCCACGUUACAUCAUGAUGUUGUUAGACAGUGUCACAGAAGGCAAAA